AUGAGGGUCGAGAAGCAGCAGCAGCAGGAUGGAACAGAAGUUACUGUUGAUACACAAAUGUCGUAUCUCAGUAUCUAUGACACAUACACGAAAUUGAAAAAGACAGUAAUAUUAGUUAUUAUAAGUUUUAUGGGUUUUCUAGCAACAUUUGAUGAAGCUGUGUAUUUACCGGCAUUACCAGCGCUGGUUAUUGAUCUGCAUACAACCGAAAGUUUAGGUUUACUAACAAUUAGUAUUUAUUUAUUGGCAAUUAGUCUAUCGGGACUGAUAUGGGGAGUAUUGACUGAUUAUUAUGGUCGUAAACUGAUUACAUCCUUUGCACUUGCUGGUUUUCUAUUGGCAGUCAUUGGAUGUUACUUUUCACCAAACAUCUAUUUAUUUUUGGUCUGUCGUAUACUGCAAGGAUGUCUGGUAUCAGUUACAUUGGUGGUUGGUCAAGCCACAAUCGCAGAUAUCUACGUGGCAAAUGAACGUGGUAGUGCUACGGGUGUAUUUUAUGGUUUCUAUUUUUCUGCCGUAUUACUAGGUCCAGCAGUCGGUGGACAGUUAUCUCAUCAUUUUGGUUGGAGAUCAACGUUUAUUGUGGUGGGUUUAAUAUCAUUUUUUCUCUUGAUCAGCUACAUCUUAUUUGUACCAGAAACACAACAGUACAAAGUUGCAAAUAAAUACAGGACUGAACAUAACGUAACGUUAGCUGAGUCAGAUCAGCUUUCGAAACCGACUCUAACGAAUCCGUGUGUACCACUACUAUACUUGAAGGAUUCUAGAAUUAUUCCAUAUGUUUUCGUACUUGCCAUCGGCUAUGUUUCGAUCAACGUCGGUUACCUUCUAUUCUCUACCCAACUAGCUAAGGCUCCAUACAAUUAUCAAGUAAAUAUAAUCGGUCUACUUUACAUACCAGUCUAUAUAGCAAUGUUUAUUGGCAGUAUAGUAGGUGCUAAACUAGCGGAUUUAGUAGCAAUUAAAUAUUUUCAAACGUCAAAAAUUGUGGAAGGAUGUAUUGUACCUGGACUAAUAUUUUCAUUAUUAACACCAAUUGGUUUAAUAAUUUACGGGUGGUCAGUUCAAUUCGGUGCUAAUAUUUUAUUUUUAAUUCUUGGACAAGUGUUCUACGGUCUAGGACAGGCUGCCACUCGACCCGGUAUCUAUUCGUACUAUACAAUUCGAUAUCAACAAAAUUCAGCUGCAAUUAUAUCUGCAAAUAACUUCGUACAGCUGUCAUUAACUUCGAUCGUUCUCUCAUUUAGUGCGACAAUUGUACAGACAAUUCAGAUUGGACCAUAUUUUACAAUAAUGGCCGUAUAUUUGGGUUUGACUUCGUCAUCUCCAACAUCUCAAAAAGAGUACGAAUUCGCAGAAAACUUAUAUGAAACCAUCAAAUCGGUCAAAAGUGCUACGACAUAUCGUUAUUCAGAAGAAACUACGAUGGACGUUGAUGAUGACCCCUUUGAUUACUCUAGUAGCAGUGAUGAAGAGGAAGGGCAUCAUGAUAACAACUCUGAAUCGGAGGAAGAGGUCAAUGGAGAGGAAAGCAAAAGCGAGAAAGAUAAACAUCACUUGGCUAACUAUUCACUAGAUUUUAUGCAGGAGGUAGUCGACUACGCUGACGAAAAAGACAAAAAUGGGAAACGACGUCGAUCAUGGAAGACUGUCCAUCACAGUUACAAAUCAGUUCCAAAUCAAUCGUAUGUAAGUCGAUUUCGUACAUAUCUGCAUCAACACGGAACGAAGCGACAAAAGACCAACGAUAUUGAUGAAAUUGUAUUUAAAAAUAUUUUGCAUGCUCGGGAACAAGCUCUGCCUCUGCACGACGUUGCUCUACAGCGGUGGGCGCUAAAAGCAGCUAAAGAAGUACAUUUGGAAGCUUUUCAUGCUUCGCACGGUUGGGUGAAUAACUUCAAGCCAGACAUCACGUCGUAUCACGCCGAAUAA